AAAAAACGGAAUUAAUGGAUGAAGUAGUAAUAGGGUCAGUGUAGUUCUAUUGGAACUUGUUGAAUCAUGGGCCCAAAAAGUGAUCCCGAAACGGCAGCGCUGAGAAAAGAAGUGGAAGAAUUGUAUAAAAGUUUACAGGAAAAGCAACAACAAUGUGCCGACACAACCCUGACCAGUGCCUGCGAAAGCAUUGCGGACGUGCCCAAAAUCAAGCUCAUCACCAGAAAAAUGAUGAAGGGCCAUCUGAACAAAGUGAACUCGGUACAUUACAGCGGAGACAGUCGGCACUGCGUCACUGGAUCUUUGGAUGGGAAAUUGAUCAUUUGGGACACCUAUACUGGAAACAAAGUCCAAAUUAUACCGCUGAGGUCGGCAUGGGUCAUGAGCGUGGCAUACGCGCCAUCUGGAAAUUUCGUAGCUUGUGGUGGUAUGGAUAACAUGUGCACAGUCUACGACCUGAACAACAGAGACUCUUCAGGCGUAGCGAAAAUGGCCAGAGAAUUAGCCGGAUACGAUGGAUUUUUAAGUUCCUGUAGAUUUCUGGACGACAAAACCAUAAUCACCGGCUCAGGAGACAUGAAAAUAUGUCAAUGGGAUUUAGAAACAGGACGAAAAAUAUCGGAUUUUAUCGCCCACAACGGUGACGUAGUCUCCAUAAGUUUGUCGCCCGAUGGGAACAGUUUCGUCACCGGAAGCGUGGAUAAGACAUGUAGGUUAUGGGACAUUAGAGAAACCAAGCCAAAACAGACGUUUUUUGGCCAUACGGCUGAUGUUAAUUCAGUUUGUUUUCAUCCAAGCAGCCACGCCUUCGCCACAGGCUCAGAAGACAAAUCGGCUCGUAUGUUUGACAUAAGAAGCGAUCAGCAAAUAGCUCAAUACAAACCCCCAGCUAAUAGCGGCUUCACAUCGUGCGGACUGUCGCUCAGCGGCAGAAUAUUAUUCUGCGGAUCGGAUGACAAUAACGUACACAUGUGGGACACCCUUAAGACUACUCAUAAUGGGAUGCUAUCUGGCCACGAAAAUCGAGUUACGUCACUUUCAGUUGCAGCGAACGGAUUAGCUAUAUCUACCUGCAGCUGGGACCAAAACGUCAGAGUAUGGGGUUGAUUUACUGCAAAAUAUACAGAGCGCUUUAAAACUACAUACAACGAAAUCUAUUAACGAUAACAAAACUUGUUAUUGAAAUUAAUUAAACCUGAACGAUAUAUUCAAAAAAUGUAGUCGAAAAUAGAAAACAAAAUGGAAUGGAUCGUGGGUAUCAAAACUGUGUUAUAAAGAUAAAUUUGUUUUUAUUUAUGUAAACUACAUAUUUCUUUAACUAUAUUUGAGUAGUUACCUAAGUGUUUCAGAAAUAAUAUAUAAUAAAAUAUUGAUUUAUAUUA